CUUCAAUCCGCAAGGCAUGCUGGGAGAGAAUGUCCAGCCACAUGGUGUGCGUUCCACUGAGUGGGUGAAGUGAUCAGCUGGUGCAGGUCAGGGCUGGCAAGGUGAGAGCUCGGGAGAUCUGCUUCCAGGAGGCACUGGGCAGGCUGAUAGAUAAUGCAUGGCACAGGGCAGCUCACAUCUGGAAAUGGCAUCUUUAAUAAGCCCUCCAAUUUAAAGGGACAGUAUGCUUAUUAUCAGAAACACGUGCAGAGCCCUGCAGAGAGCGCACAAGCCCCUUCCUUGCUGGUAUCCUGCUCAGCAUGAACACAUGUCUUCAUGGUUUAAAUAAAGUAAAGGGAUAGGGUGGCUAGGGCUCCCAUGGUGUUCAGCUGAUCACAUGGCCUCAUGUUUACAAUACAUAUGGUGCUUAGGGUUGUCAGAUGCAAAAUGCUUUCCUGUAUAUGGUUUCUUCAUGAAGGCAGCAUCUGGAAUUGGCCUGCCCUGCAGUAUGCAGAGUUCAUAUGCUGUAAGAUACCUCUUUUGAUAAAAGGAACACUCUGAGCACCAUAACCACUACAGACAACGUACCUGAGCACUGACAAGUGCCUUACCUGCAGCCACAUGUUGUGGCACCAAUGAAAGCUUGGCGGUGCCGGAGACAAUGUGCCAGCCCUGCAUGGCAGGGAUUUAACCAGUGGAGCUAAGGGAAGCUUUUUGCAGGUACUGCUGGCUCUUAAACAGCUUGCUUACUGUGAGAGAGGACCAGGGAACCCUUUGCCCCAUAUCCACCACAGCAGACAGUAGUUAUGGUGCUUGGAAUGUUCCUUUAAGGCCAUGAUUUCUUUCCUGCAGCAUUUUAAUUUUAUACGCUACAAGGCAGUGCUUUUCAUAUGGUGUUCAUCAACAUUAAAGGACCACUCUAGGCACCCAGACCACUUCAGCUUUAUGAAGUGGUCUGGGUGCCAGGUCCCUCUAGGAUUAACCCUUUUUUUUUUUUAUAAACAUAGCAGUUUCAGAGAAACUGCUAUGUUUAUACUGAGGGUUAAUCCUUCCUCCAAUUCCUCUAGCGGCUGUCUCAUUGACAGCCGCUAGAGGCGCUUGCGUGCUUCUCACUGUGAAAAUCACGGUGAGAGCACGCAAGCGUCCAUAGGAAAGCAUUGUAAAUGCUUUCCUAUGCGACCGGCUGAAUGCGCGCGCGGCUCCUGCCGCGCAUGCGCAUUCAGCCGAUGACGUCGCGAGCAAGGAGGAGAGGAGGAGUACAGAUCCCCGCCCGGCGCUGGAGAAAGGUAAGUGUUUAACCCAUUCCUCUCUCCAGAGCCCGGCAGGAGGGGGUCCUUGAGGGUGGGGGCACCCUCAGGGCACCAUAAUGCCAGGAAAACGAGUAUGUUUUCCUGGCACUAUAGUGGUCCUUUAUUUAAAUAGUGUCAAUGAAAUCAUGGUGGAUUUUUUUUUUUUUUCCAUUGGAGAUGACAGAUCAUCCAUGUUUACCUGGAUAGAUAUUUUUUUACAAACUGAUGGGAAGCAUAUGGAAAGUGUUGUCCUGUAAUAUGUGCAAUAUAGUUGCUAAAGGUAGGGAGGACAUCAAGUGAUUAAUCAGAAACCCUUCAGUUUAUAAAAUACUACAUAUGACAGGGUAGCAUGUUUCAUGUGCUGCCCAUCAGGAUGACUAAAUUAAAUGUGCCCAGGAAAUCAUGGAGGUACGUCACUUUGGAUUUGUGGAUAAGUGUUCCUGUGGUUCCCUAUGUGCCUUUAAAACAAAGUUUGUUUUCCUGGCACUAUAGUGUCCCCGUCCCCCUCCAUGGUGCAAGAGGGGUUAAAAACCCUUUCUGCCACUUAUCUGAGUCCAACGCUGAUAUCCCUUCUUGCUGGCUUGGACUCUGCCUUCAUUCCUCCUGACAUCAGUGGGAGAGACCUAUUGCGCAUGCGAGGAAAUGGGCGCACUAGCAUUGGAGCAGCAGCUCCAUACGACAGCAUUAUACAGUGCUUUCCUAUGAGGUUUCGGGUGACACUGGAUGUCCUCAUGCAUAGCGUGAGGGUGUCCUGCUUCAGGCGACCAAAAGUCACCUAACGACCCAGAAGUCUUUCUAGUGGCUGGCCGGUAGAAAGCUGCUAUAGGUGGAGUAUAUCCUAAAUUUGCCUUGUACACCAUACCAAUAAAUUGUAAAAUCAUGAUCUUGCUUUGUCAAAAAUAAUGGAUUUUUAUUUUAUAAACUUAACAUUUACACGUAUGUUGUAGACAGAUCUAAAAUAUCACAGGAAAGAAAUAUGGGACACUUUCCCAGUAUGGUAAAAGGAAAACUGCCAGCACCAUAACCACCUGUAGUGGUUAUGGUGCCAGGAAUGGCUUGGCGCUAUUUCACAGUAAUUUGUCAAAACUGUUUUAGCAUGGUUUGACACCUUAACUGGGUUUCUGUGGGCACCUACGUCACAUCUGGUCUUCUCUUCCGGCAAAGCCAGAUGUCACUUCAGAGCAAGACAAGAUCGUACUCAUUGGUUAAGAGCGUCAGUAAAAGGCUUCUUCUUUAAGAAUAAUACAUUGAUCUCUUUGUUGUAUUUGUGCCCCUACAAAGGAGUCCACUAAUAAGUCAUGUCGCCUACUGAGGUCUUUGGAAAAUAUGACAUUCACUUAAACCCUUGAUAUACACGAACACAUCUGGAAUGUAACAAUUGCUGCUAAUAUGCCUAAGACUGAUCCUUAACCCCUUAAGGACACAUGAUUCCCUUUUAUUCCAGAAGUUUGGUCCUUAAGGGGUUAAGGAGUUACAUUGUUCUGAACAAGAUGGACAGGGAGCGUCUUACAUGGAGCUUCAGUGAUUCUCUUGUUUGAUCUGUCUUUUUAAUGCUUCUUUGAUACAAAGUCAUUGCAUGUUUUGGUUUUCUUCCUUACUCACACAGAACAUGGCGAAGAGAGCAAGUCUUACAGCUUUAGAAAAUACUAAAAAUACAGCCCCUCUUCCCAAAUUGCCCCGGUCGCAGGACGAUUCACCCAAAUCCCCUCUAAAUUUCUCGAGCCCUGCAAGCCUCUUUGAAAGUUUAAUCUCCCCAAUCAAACCCAACGAAUUCUUCAGUGAAUACUGGGAAAAGAAACCAUUGCUGAUUCAGCGAGAUGACCCGGUCACCUCCGAUUUCUACUCUUCUCUGUUCAAACUGUCAGACUUGAAGAGAGUUGCUGGCAAAAAGGUGUAUUAUGGAAAAGACGUGAACUUGUGUAAGUGUCGAAAUGGCAAGAAAGUGGUUUUACCCAGACACGGCAGAGCUAGUUAUCCCCAUCUUUUAAAAGACUUUGGCAGUGGAAAAGCAACAAUCCAGUUUCACCAGCCACAGAGAUUUAAUGUAAGUAAUGUAACCAUGUUCUAAGUUACCUUUUCAUUUAACUUUUUUGCCUUAACCCUUUGAAUACCGGAGUGAUGAGACACACAUUGGAUUACUGACUCUAGAGGUUUAUGUUUGGGGAUUUUCCUUUUGUAUUCUUAGACUUUAGGUUCCCAGAGCAGGCUUUAGUGAAACUCUCCAGAGUUAUUUUAAAUACAUUCAAGUAUUGCGUUGGAGUGCGGUACUCAUAAUUUAGAUUACUGCCCCCACCAGGAGAUCAAUGGCCUAUAGAGUGGAGACGGCACAUUAUGGCAAUCGCUGCGCUGGGCAUGCAGUGCUUAUAAUUGAAUCCAGUGCUUCUCUCGUAGAAGCGCACUUUGCAGUCAGAUAAAAGCGCAUUUGGUUUGAUAGCUGGUAGGUUUUAUAAAGGUGCCAGUUUCUCUUAAAAUCUGUCUGUGGAGUGUUCCUCUAAAUCAGUGGUGCCCAAAAGGUAGAUCCCCAAAUGUUUUAACACUAUAGCUUCCAUGAUGCUUUGUCAUUCUAAAGGCAUGCAAAGCAUCAUGGGGGUUGUAGUUGUGCAACAUCUAGGGAUCUAUCUUUUGGCCACCCCUGCUCUAUCACUAGGCAGCAUGAAUUCCUCUAGGCAAAUUAGUCUAGGGAUCGUGGUAUUAUUAAGUGAUAUACCACGUUUAUUUAUUUUUUAUACUUUGUUUCCUGGUUUAGAAUAGAUGUGAGCUAUAUAAUAGAUAUCCAAGCUAUGUUAGGUGGGAGUUAUAUUACAUAUAAAGUCAUAUAUGCAUUAAUACCGCCUUUGAUUUAGAGGUUUGUUUGUCACAACUAAAUUCCAUACUAAACAGGAGAGUUCUACAUUCCAGUAGUGCCUUACUCUGUGACUUGCCUGGGGGAGCAUCACAUUUAAAUCUAUCUAUAAACCUGUAUAUUUAGUUUAUAGCAUGGGAACAUUUGUUAAGGAAGCACAUAUUAACAGAGAUUUCGUGGUCGAACCCGGCGACUUUAUGUUCUCUCUAUUCAAUGCCCUUUGUUCACAGAAGUAUGAAAAGGAUUGCCAUAGACAGCCAAAGUGUUUGCAGGAAACCUUCCUGAGCUCUCAAUACUGGCACUAAGGACACAUGACUUGGCAUGUUAUCUGGAAUUGAUCUGUUUUGUACACUUAAAGGAAUACUUUAGGCAUCAAAACAACUUUAGCUUAAUGAAGCAGUUUGGGUGUGUAGCUCACUUUUUUGCCUUUUAUUUCUGUUUAUGCAGCUCUAGGCACACCAACCCUGGCUGUGACUCAAAGCUGAAUGGAAAAAAAUAUAUGGUUAAAUCAGAUGUUAACUUGCUUUAGAAGUUUUUACACACACAGGAAGCUACUACAGAAUCUAGAAGGCUAUUCAUAGAGCAGGAGAUAAUAAAUUCUAAAUUAAACGGACUGUGCAAUAAAGGAAGUGUAAACAUUAGAACUUAUUUUACAGGAACUGUUUAGGAAAGAUGUGUAGGUCACAUGCAGGAAGGUGUGACUAGGGCUGUAUUAACAAAGUUAUUGAACUCCUCAGUGGAAGAGAACAGAGCGGUAAAACAGGAGCAGGGGCAUGAUCUAUACAACUGCUUUAUUAAGCUAAAGUCGUUUUGGUGCCUUUAGUAUCCCUUUUACCAAUGAAUAUUGAAGGUAAUUCUUUCUUGGUUUUAAUUUCAGGAUGACUUGUGGCACAUUAUGGAAAAGCUGGAGAGUUUUUUUGGUACGCUAGUAGGGAGUAAUGUGUAUAUCACACCUCCUGACUCCCAGGGCCUUCCUGCUCACUAUGACGAUGUUGAGGUGAGAAGUGUGUCUUCUGUCACCCGGAAUAAUAUUGAUAUAUGCUUGUUUGUUCUAAUCAUAACCGUACCAUUGAACUGUGAAUAGCAAUGUAUUGGACAGGGAUGUUGUCCCGCAUCCCCCAAGUUGCUGUUUGUCUGCAACUUCCAUAACUCCCUCUCAGCCAUCUAGCAUUGUGGGGGUUACAGUAUAACAUGUUGGGCUGUAGUGUGUAAACCCCAAAAUAGCAGUUCGCUGGUUAUACCCCACCCUUGACCUGCUUGGUCCCUUUGCAUCCCUAGGCCCUUAUUUCAGCCUUUGCUAUCUAUUUUGCCCUCACCCAUGUAGUCUGUGCAAAAAUAAGCCUUUAGUUCCAUCUACGACCCUUGUAUGUCUCCUUUCAGGUCCCAUUGGACAGCCGGCCAGAAAUUCAAUAACAUGUUAGUAAAGGGAUCAAAUUUUUAAAGAGCAUUCAAUUAAGAUCUGUACUUACGGUAGGUUUUGAAAUGUUAUCCUCUUCAAAUAUUUUUUUGUGUACCGUGACUGGUAUAUAUUUUUGUGCUAUCUUGUUAAUACCUGCGGUUUGAAUGGAUGCAACCAACACUUUGCAAAUGGAAAGGCUGCCCAUUUCUAAAUAAGGUUACACGUUUACUGAAUUGGCAACUGUGUAUAACAGACACAUAUGUUUGUAUUUUUCUUGCUUUCUAUGUUGACCUUUAAAGGGAACCUAUCAUUCCAGUUUCCGCUUCAGUCAAACUGAACUAAACAAGUUUGAUUGCUACUGUAGGUAGCCUUGGAGUAUCAAAAGAAGAAGCAUUUGAGAGUUAGAGAAAUCAGAAAAAAUAUAUAAAGAUAAAAAAAUAAUAAUAAUAAUAAUUACAGUUAAGGGUGGAGUGUGGUAGAGAAGCUCCACUUUUUGGGGAGUCAAAGCCUCUCUUAAGAGUAAAUAUAUGUGUGUCAUAAAGACACGUUUCAGAUUUGGUUGAAGAUCAUCUAUAGUUUGUGCUGUCUUUCUUGGAGAUCUAUUAUUCUAUUGCAGCACCUUCCUUUCGGCUUCACUGCCAGUACAUUGGUGUUAGAACGGAAUGACAUCAGUCACUUCAUUACUAUAUUACUGAGCUGAGGUAAUAUCACUGUAACAGCGUGCAGGGAUGUUAGGCAACUGUUGGUCGAUAAAUGCUGGACGUCCUCACGCUAUGCAUAAGGACAUCUAGUGUCACCCAAAACCGCAUAGGAAAGCGUUAUAUAAUGCUUUCCUAUGGGGAACUCACACAUUAGGUCUCCACUGCCGGCUGACGUCGGCGGGAAAGGAGCAAAAUUGGGACACUAGGCAGCACCGAGGGACACCGACGCUGGACUCAGGUAAGUGACAGAAGGAAUUUUUAACCCCUACUGCACUAUAGGAAAGGAGGGGGGGCAUUAUAGGGAGCUACAGUGCCAGGAAAACAACUUUGUUUUCCUGGUACUAUAGUUUCCCUUUAAUCUCUGUAUAUGCAGCGUUUCAUAGUGAAUUGCUGCACAUGCAUACUCCAGGCACCAUGACCACUUCCAAUUCAUUGACGCUUGGAGUAACCCUUUAAGUACAGUUCUACUAUUUCAGCCAUUUUGAAACAAUACUUGAGUUGGUUUUCUUUCUUUCCUUUCUUCUUGUGCUUGUUUGACAUUUUAGCAUGCUAUUACAGAGGACACUCUUCUGCUCUGUCCUUUCUAGAUGGUCCUGGUGUUCAAAGGCUGGACUGUAACCUGAACAUAUUUUUCAUUCAUUUCUAUUUCACAUGGCAUGUGGGCCAGCCCAGUAUUCGAAUGCACGUUACCUUUGACUCAUUCUUCGCUCUCCUGAUGUCUAAUCAAGUUCGUUUUUCAUUUUUCAAUAAUACCAUUCUGCUUGUUUAUUUCCAGGUUUUUAUUCUUCAGCUGGAGGGAGAGAAACGCUGGAAGCUCUACAAUCCCACAGUACCGCUAGCGAGAGAGUAUGCUAUAGAGACAGAAGACAGAAUUGGCACACCGACUCAUGAGUUCACAUUAAAGGUACCGUGAAUGGUGCUGGUGUGACUUGAUACAUUACCAUGUGUCGCAAUAAUACCUACAGCUUUCUCUUUAUACUUUCAGUAGGAUGUGAAUAACAUCAGUUCGCUGCUUUAUAAUGUGUUGCUCAUUUAAUUUACCUUAUUAUUCUUGCCUAAAAAAGAAGACACAACAUAUUCUUAAUAGACCUAAUACUUUUAUAAAUCUAAAUAAAAUAAAAAGUCAUAGUUCAGGAUGUACUUUAUGAUUUACACGGUGCCUGUAUAAUGGUAUAAGAGACUGCAGUUGGCAUGAUGGCACAUUUCAUUGCUUCUGUAUGAAGACACUCUCCCUUUCAUUCCUAGCCAAUAGACAGACUCUUAAGUUGGCUCUAAACUGAUUUCUACUGCGAUAGGGGAUGCUAAUGGAAAAAGUGUCUCAAAGUUCUAAACAUGGAACAAUCACAUGGCAGCGUGAUAUUGCUGAUUCUGUUGGUCUCCAUGGCGAAUGAUCCACUUUUAGAACCGUGCCCAAUUUUUCUACUGGCAACACUUUUCAAAAUCCUCACCGUCUCACUUCUUCCUUCUUAAACUAGACCAGGUGUAAUCUGUGUUAAACAAGAUAGGAAGUGUAUACUUUUUAUUGUUUAUUAAGGGUUGGGGUACGAUUUGUGACAUCGAACCUUAAGAUAUAGAGUUGUACCUUUUUGUCACCACCUCAUCUCUGUUUAAAGCAUUACUGUCCUCUGUUCUGUAUGAGCUGUAAACCAACUACACAUUGCAUGUUUUCUUUCCUCUUAAAGCCAGGGGAUUUUCUCUAUUUCCCCAGAGGAGUCAUUCAUCAUGCUAAAACCCCUGCUGGCUCAUCACAUUCCACUCAUGUGACCAUCAGCACCUACCAGAACAAGUAAGGACACUGCAGUCACAGUUUGUAACAUUUCCCACGAUCAGUAUGGAAAUGCUUUUAUUUUUUUUAUUUUUCUAUUUAAAAAAAAAAAAAUGUAUUUGUCAUUCACUGGCGUCAUGCUGCGUAAGCUUUUUGGACUUGGUUACAUUGACAGACUCUGUACUUGUGCCAGCCCCCCAAGCUACUCUACACCUUGACUGAUAUUUUGUGAUUUAUAGUUUAAAAAGGUCACUUCAUAUUGAAUGUUUUUUGUCCCAGGUUGCCUCCUGAUUCCCCAUCACACCCCUGUCCUGUUUUAUAUAAGCAAUCCUAUUAUAAAGGCACAGAUAUCACUCUUUGAUAUUUCCACACAGAUUCAGCUGUUGAGAUCGAUCUACUUAAAGUGUGAUGCAGAAUAUGAGAACUGUUUCCUUAAUUAAAUUAUCUUGUGAAAAUACCAAUGUGGGUGACUUGGAGUGCACCUCCACGGAACAGCCGGAAUAAUUAAAACUAGUUUAUUCUAUAGUUCACAUAUGUUUAUUCGAACUCUGUUUCCUCAUUCUGUUUGGAUAUAUAUAAAUGUAUGUAUUAUAAAUGUAUUUCUGCAGUUUAUUCAUUUUUCUGGUUUUGAGCCCUUGAGUGGUAGUGGAGCACCAUUUGAAUUCCACAAAUUGUUCAUCACCUGCAUCCCUUACUGCCGAACACCAAUUAUGUUCAAGCUUUGAGCAGGAUAUUAAAUAAUAUCACAACACAUCAUCAUCAAACAUUUCGGUUUGUUUAGGUUAAUCUAUUGGCCUCUAGGUUCAUAUAUCGAAAAUGUCGGAUUGCAGUAUGAACAAUGUGUUAAAUAAGGUUGUGUCAAACUCUAUAUAGAAUCUGUCCAUCUCCUUUUUGUAUCCACGGAGUGAAGUUAAUAUUGUUCUGGAUGGACAGGUAGAUAGGAUUACCUAAUAAAGAGAUCAAUGAGUAUAUGUGUGUACUAGUAAUGUUCCCCUGGUUGGUAAGUCUAAGUAAUAUUUUAUCAGAUCCGUUGUGUUUAUAAGGAAAUAUUUUCUGCCUAAAUAAGUUGUAUCAGAUUCUGGACAGAUCUGGAUGUUUUGAUUUUUCCGCAGCUUUUUUCAAAUUCAAGGAUAUAAUAGUUAAUGUGUGUAGUAACAGCUUGCUGAUUGCCGUUUUAAAGUCAAGAAGGAUUCUUCCCCCUAUAUGUGGGAAAAAUGACUUCAAAUUGUUUUGGGAUUUAAAAAAAAAAUUUUUUUAAAUAAUUAUUUUCUGUUGGAUCAAAAGCAGUUAUACUAUUCUUGGAAAACUAAAUUUGAUUGACUUGUUUAGCUUAUAUUACUGGGUAUCAAUGUUUCAAAUUCAGCUUGUAUUGUAUUGUAACCAUGUGCUCCCUGGUUAGUCUUUGCUGACAUAGAAAGUAUUGACUGCUAUUACUAACAGGGUUACUUACUAAAGAAAGAAAUCAAAGUGAAUUUAAAGUACAAUCCAAAUAUUAGGCCAGGGUAGCCAAACUGAAAGCAGAGCUGACAAUAGCUGACUUAGAGAACUUUUCAUUUCACUUUAAAUGUGAAAUUCACUUUGAAUUCUCAGAUUAGUGAAAAACCCUGCAAGUGUGAUUCAGUAAAAGAACGUUGAACAUUUAUACACAUGCCUUAUACUCCGCUCUCCUCUCCUCACUCCGUAGCUCGUGGGCUGACUACUUUCAAGAUGUUUUUCCUGGGAUUCUGUUUGAUUCGGCAAAUGACAACAUUGAACUGCGAAGAGGCAUUCCAAGGCGUCUUUUAAUGGUAAAUAACAGGAUAUUUCACGGCUGACGAGAGAUGAUACAAAGGCAGUAUUUUGUGUUGUAAUGAGAACCUGAUUCCUUCUGAUCUGUAAGUUUCACUGUAGUGUAUCUCUGGCCAAAGGCAAUAAAAUGUUUGCAUUUUUAAUUAUUUAUAGUUUCACUCUGAAAAAUACUUUUUUUUUUUUUGAAGACUAGAAUUUAAUUUUUUUUUUUUUUAAAUUCUUUAUUUAGGAGAACAGGCUUACAGGUUAUACAUUCUGGAUAAAACAGGUUUAAGAUGGCAUCAAUAAGUAGUUAGAACAUACGGUAUAUUAAGGCGAUAGUCACGUCAUUAUUUCUAUACAUCGGUGCCAGCUAUCUCCUCUGUUAAAUUAAAUCCGUAGUACUAUAUAGCCAGCCUCACAUUUUAUAAUACAUUGAGGCAAGAUGGUCUAGAAAAAGGUAAGGAGAGAGAGAGAGAGAUAUAUUAGAUGGGAAGUAAGGGGGGUAUCUCUGCUGGAUGAAGGUGGCUCUCAGAGGUAGAAAGGGUUAAAUCCCCAUAUGUUCACACUAGUCUUCCCAGGGCUGCCAUUCUGUUGCAAACCUGUGCAGUCAGUUUAUCCAUGAGGAUAUAUAUAUAUAUAUAUAUAUAUAUAUAAUUUUCAUUUUUUUUAGCUAAGGCUCUUCUGGCAGCCAACGUGUUUGUUUAGUAAUUUUUGUUUGCGUGUCUGUAGACUGUUGUCUGUCUUUAUCAAGUAGUUACGUCAACGGGUCAAUAUCUACGUGUCUAUUUAGUACCCUGUGUAGUAAGUCCCCAAACUCAUUCCAGUAUUGUUUCACUUUGGGGCAGGAGAACAGAGUUUUUAAUAUUGUAAGUUGAAUUGUUCUCUGGAAAAUCAUCCCCUCCCCCUUUACAGUGUCUAUUUUAAAACACCCUAGUAUUAAAUAAACUUCUAACAUGGGUUCUGAGUUAUGUUUGAAAUUGGCCGUCAGCUCUGAAUAAAAUGUGUAAUGUUUGAAGUUUGAACUUUAGCUGUGACAAGACUUAACUGUUCUCUUAACUAUAAUAUUGAGUUAAAGGACCACUAUAGUGUCAGGAAAACAAAUUAGUUUUCCUGGCUCUAUAGGGUCUUUGGGUCCCCCACUCUCGCCGGGCUGAAGGGAGAGGAAGAGGUUAAAUUCUUACCUUUCUCUCCUCCCUCUCCCGACGUCAUCUGCUGAAUGCACGUGAGCGGCAAGAGCCGCGCGCGCAUUCAAUCGGUGCGUAGGAAAGCAUUUCUCAAUGCUUUCCUAUGGACGCUGGCGUCUUCUCACUGUGAAAAUCACAGUGAGAAGCACGGAAGCGCCUCUAGCGGCAACUACAGCCACUAGAGGCUGGAUUAACCCUAAUGUAAACAUAGCAGUUUCUCUGAAACUGCUGUGUUUGCAGCAGGCAUGGUUAACCCUAGAUGGACCUGGCGCCCAGACCACUUCAUUAAGCUAAAGUGGUCUGGGUGGCUAUAGUUGUUCUUUUAAGUUUAACUCAAUGCUUGGUGUUAGUAGAGGGAUGCACAUGGCUUUUAGAAUGAAAUUUAUAUCUGAGUAGUAAAUGGAUAUUAGAUACAAUAUGUUUUUCUACUGCAAACUAUUUUAUGCAAUAUGACAAAUUGAGCUUUUUAGACACAUUGCACAGUUAAAGGGACACUAUAGUCACCAGAGCAAUUACGGCUUAUUGUAUUUGUUCUGGUGAGUAUAAUCAUUACCUUCAGACUUUUUGCAGUAAACUGUUUUUUUUUUUUUCAGAGGAAAUGCAGUGUUUACAUUAGAGCCUAGGGAUAAUUCCACUGCUAGAGGUUAUCUCUGUGGCCGUGCUGCAUGGAGACACUGAACUUUCCUCAUAGAGAUUAAUUGAUUCAAUGCAUCUCUGUGAGGAGAAGCUGAUUGGCCAGGGCUGUGUUUGGCUUGUGCUGGCUCUGCAUCUGAUCUGCCUCCUUAACAUGCUCAUCCAAUCCAAAGCAUUCCUAUGUGAAAGCAUUGGGACUGGCUCAGAACAUCACUUCUGAUUAUGUCAGCCAAGCAACCAGAUCAGAGGCAGAGACAGCAGCAGCAGACUGGAAUACAAAUAAGAUUUUACUAUAUUUAGUGUGGCCAGAAGGGCUAGAUGGUGAAUAUGUUUGUGUUUCUAACCCUAUAGUGUUAAUAAACAUCAACAGCUAGUAGUCUUUAUGGCCCAUUGUUCACAUUCAUUGUUAUCCAUAUCAAUGUAUUAAAUAUGUUUUUCUGCAUUAUCAUUUGACCUGUUUAGCAGGCUGAUGCUUCCAGUGUUGUAGAUCAUCUACGUACAAUUCUCUUGAACUUGGCCAGUAGACUAGAAACCAACAAGGACAUAAGAUCUUGUGGAAUGAUCCGGGAUUUCAUGGCCAGUAGACUACCUCCGUUUGUGAACUCCUCCAUGUCUCCUGCAAUGAAUGGAAAUGAAACUACCGGAAAACCAGGUACGUUAGUCUUUAAGAGAAUUCCACAAAGGGAUUCACAAAACCUAAUAUUCACUGCAAUUUAGCAUUUGUCUUCUAAAGUAUUUGAGGUAUCUACCUUCUUUCCUGUGAUUUGCCAAAUUUCACUGCAAAGAGUAAUAUGAUUGGUGGGCUUCUAUGUUUGGCAGUGAAUUAAAAAUGGUUGGUGGGCUACCAAGCAUAUGCAAAAGAAUUUAAGUGAUUCAUCCAAAUAAAAUUCCUGGCAAUUGUCAAACAAAUCAAUUGCAACUUGUUGUACCUGUAGAUUCUACAAGUGAGAUUGAUGUGGUCUGGUGUAAAUUAAGACAUUUUAUUUAAGUGAUUUGCUUCAAACUAAUUUUUUCUCAAUUCUAAUCUAUAAAUCUAAUCUCCAUGUUAUGCUAUUCAGCAGUCCUUUACAUGUCAGCUCUCAAAAUACCAAGCACAUAUCAUUAUCAGGAUUAGUUAGAAACAAAAGACAAAGUUUCUACCCAUUAUUAGAGUGAACUGCAUUGUAGCUUUUAUUUUCUCAAGAAGAGUUAAUAAACUCAUCUGUGGGUUUGGUUAACCUUGGCAAUGAAAGAUUUCAGAGGUUGAUAAGAAAUGGGACACAUUUUUCAGGGACAUUCUAUAGGAAUUUCCUGUCCAUGAGUCUUUAUCAGAACUGAUUAUGGCAGAGUGGAAACAUCUUAAAAUGAUGUUCAGGCUUCCCAGAAGGGCUGUAAAAAAAACUUCUGUUUUGAGACAAGUAAAUGUAGAUGGGACCACCUACAUUAUAUGUGGCUAUGCUCAUUACCUUCUAAAUAAUUUUUUUCUUCUCCAUUUCUUUAAUUUACUUUUACGUUAGCAUAAUGAUCUAUUCCUUUUAUUUAUUUAUUUUCUUCUACGUCCCCUGAAAAUGUAAUAAAAUCUAUAUAUAUAUAAAAACUGCUGAAGGUUUCCAGUAAGGCAUUACAGCUCUAUCCAUAAUCAACACAACCUCAGUUUCGUUUCCGUUCAGGACCUUGACCUUAGGAAGUGGCUCAAACUCUUGGAUGCAAAAUACUUCGAUUUUGUUUGCCACUGCUAUAGAAGCAGUUUGCAUAGUAGUGUCAUCAUAGCCUGUUACAGCUUCUUGUCCGCCUCCAGGAAUCACUAAAUCAUUUUAGGUUGAUCAGUGACCACCAAUCCCAUUGACAACAAAAACACCGGUAUAUCUAGAUGGAUUCUUUUCUUGGCUGUUAUUAAAUAAGUUUUCCUCAGUCUGGUCUUUCGGCCAGAGGACAAUACCCCAAAGAUCAGGGUAUCUCAUAGCCAUUGAAGUAGACAAAAGAUGUGCUUUCCACCAUGUAAGAGUUGUUAAGGCUCCUAAUUACGAAAAAAAUGGAAUUGAGGGCAAACCCGGAACAUACAUUUCUCAGUAAAGAACAAAGUAUAUACAAUAUAUAGAUUAAGGAAUGGCUUACACAAAAUAAUAACGUUUUAAUGCUCCUACAUAAGUUAAUCUGUAUCUGCAUCUCAAAUGAAUUAUUGUCCCAGUGAUUUUAUAUUUAGAAUGAUAAGACUGGUAAUCAGUGACACGAGUGGUGCCCAACCUCUAGCACAUUAGCUCUUGUGCACAGAGCUUCCUGUUAUGGCCUUCUGUCUUAAUGUCCCCAAGAUACCACUCCAAUCUUUAGACCACUAUUGUACUAACUAUUAGUCUUCACUGGUCUGUUCACUUAAAUUAUUUAUUUAUAUAUAUAUAUAUAUAUAUAUUGUUAGUAUUUAUUUUAUAUUUCUCAUGUAGUGCCAUUAUCUGGGGCAUUUAAAAAAAAAUAAGAUCAAUUAUUAAAAUGCAAGGGGUUUGAAGAAAGUGCCAUAAAUGAUUAGAUGUACUCAUACAUAGAGAACGCGUAAUGUUACUUAUGAGCAAAAACGAAGGUAUAGAUCAUAGGUAGAGGGGAAGGCAAUUAAGUUGAUGGCUGUCAAAAAUGAGCAGUAUUAUCAGGCCAUAUUGAUUUUGUUGUGAUGGAUUAAGUGCGAUGGGAACUUGGUAGUAAGAAUUGAUUUCACACAGUUUAGGACUCAUGGUUUAUGAAUUAAAGUGAAGCACAGACUUAUGGGAGAAAGUAUUGUUUUUAUAAAGUUUGUUUUCUUUCCUUGUCUUUUAGUUGAAUCUCCCCCAAAGCUUGACAGUAUAAUCAAACUGCAAUACCAGGAUCAUACAGCCAUCACCGUAGACCAUGUUCCAAACAUUUCUGUGAGUAUCUGUGUGUGCGUACAUACUUGGCCUUGUUGACAUCAUUGAGAUGCCUGUAGACAUUAGCACCCCGGCCUCUUGUGUGGAGUGCAGGGGGCAGAUUUAGGUGCAUAUGUAAACACUUAAAGGGUUCUUUCAAACACCAUGACCACUUCAGUGAUUUGAAGUGGUAAUGGAGCUUGGAGUCUCUAUGUGCAGCGUUUGCCUAUGAAAUGCUGCAAAUAUUGAGUUUAUCCCCUUCACUCCUGGGGGUAUAACUCCACCUCUGACAGCAUCAUUGGGGCAUCAUUAGCCACUCAAUUUUCCAUUUGAGACUCAGAAUUCAGUGCAACUUCCAUAUUUAUUUUUGCCUACAUUUUACAGGAAAGUUGUUAGUACAUUUUGCUAAAUUAAUAUUUUGGGUAGUAAUCAUUUUAUUUAAGAAAAGAAUGUUGCUCAGUAAGAUUCCUCUCUGUCCCAAGGGGUUUCGGAGCAUGCUGGGAAAACAUUGCACAAUGUUUGUUUCUUGCUAAGCACAUUUUCCUUAUCAUGCUUGUGUACAGAUGAUAAAAGUCCCAGCGCAGCCCCUUAAAUCAAUUUAAUCUCUUAUAAUUAGAAAUUGGCACACCUGUAAUGUGAAUCUUCACACUAUCUGCAAAUUGCUAGUGGGAAUAGCUGCCCAGGUGACUAUUUUGAAAGCCGGAAAAAUUUUAUGGCAGACAUUCAGAUUUAGUAAUUAAAAAGUGCAUUUUUUUACGUGUAUUGUCACAUUUUGUUCUGAGUUAAAAGAACCUGCAGACAGGGUAAUGUUAGGUGUUCAGGAUUUACUGUAGGUGACAUAUGCCAAAUUUCAUCCCUUCAUACAAAACUUAAUUGCCUUCAUGAUGCAAAUGGCACGACCAGGGACGUUUUUGCUGGCAACCAGACAAGGGGCAGUACUCCAAGGGUAAAUUGUAAAGCCUCUUCCAUUACAUACAUGUAUUCCUGACCCUAUAGUGUUAAAACCACCGUCUAGCCCCCUGGGCCCCACAAGCCUCCAUAAAUACAGCAAAAUCUUACUGUAUUCAAGCCUGAAGCUGUAGAUCUGCAUGCUGUUUGCCUUAAAAAAAACAAGAAGUCUGUUGACAUCAUCAGAAGUGAUGGCCUGACCCAAUCACAGUACUUCCCCAUAGGAUUGGCUGAGACUGGUAAGGAGGUAGAUCAGGGGCAGAGUCAGCAUGAUUCAAGCACAGCCCUGGCCAAUCAGCAUCUCCUCAUAGAGAUGAUUUGAAUCAAUGAAUCUCUAUGAGGAAAGUUCAGUGUCUGCAUGCAGAGGGAGGAGACACUGAAUGUUUGGAUGCAUUUUAGGCAGCCAUGACCUAGGAAGGAUCUCUAACAGUCAUCUAAGGAGUGGCCAGUGAAGCAAUCACUAGGUUGUAAUGUAAACACUGCAUUUUCUCCUAAAAGACCGUGUUUACAGCAAAAAGUCUGAAGGUAAUGAUUCUAAAAUUCAAUAAGCUGUAGAUGUUCUGGUGACUAUAGCAUCCCUUUAAGUUUUACCAACAUUUUGAAGUCCCUGGAGUGCGAUCGUACUGAUGUAGUUUGGAUAACUUUGCAGACCAGUACCGGGCUGAAAUAUUUAGCAACAUCCCGGAGUGCAGGUUUUUGGAUUUCUUUAUCUAAAUAUAUUCUACGCACACAUUCCAUAAUUACAUAACUGAGAGGAUCACUAGAUGUGUAUUCAGCAAUCUGCAAUCUGUUGUUUUAUUACUUUUACAAGUCAUGUUACUGACACGAAACAGAACACCUUCAAUUGCGUUUUUAAGGGAGACACUGGGCUGAAAAUUAAAAUAAACUAAAAUUGGACUUAGGGUUUUUCAGGAACACCAAAGACCCUGGCCAGGACACACCCUACAACAUUGACUAUUUUGUCACCCGACAUAUUUGGGUACUGCAUUUCUCACAAUGCUCAGCCAGCCUAAAUGGCUGGGCAUAAUGGGAAAUGCAGUUUGCAAACACCUGGAGUACCAAGGUGCGUAGUCAUUGCUCUAGUCCCUGACCUAGACACAUGGUGUAAAUAAUGCAGUCUGAAAGUGAUCGUUGUACACUCAGUAAUUUGUAUAAUUUGUAUUUUUGUCCCAAUUGUAGGAUAGUGCCACUGAAUUAAUGGUUUAUGUGUAUCACUCCUUGAAGAAUGAGCGAGAAACUCACAUGAUGGGAGUGAGUGAUGACUCUCGUUCUGUAAGUAUUUCACUUUGAGCAAAACAAGUAUAGAAAUGUAGAAAUGUGUUUGUCUAGAUUUUUUUUUUUAUUUACAUUUUUUUUAACCAGUUUCCAAUGUUGUCAGUUUCCUUUUCCUGCAGUUUGCUGUUAAAUACAUUUAAAAAAAAUAAAAAUAAAAAAAAAACACUCCAAACCCCAAUUUAUACUCCUUGCACAGGUAAUGGUGCAAGGAGGACCCCUGGGCCCAGCUCUUUGCAGAUAGUUGCUUAUUGCUGCAGUGAUUGACAAUAACCUCUACCUUAAUUUACCUGCUCAUUCAAUGCCUUGUGUCAGAGGGUAAAGCUCUUCCCAUUUGCCCUGCCUCCCCGACAGGCUCUGUACCAGUGAUUUCAACAAUAUAACUUGUACUACAUAGCAUGACCUUCUGGGAAUUAAAGGACUCAUACCAUAUUGCAUGCAUUAUGCAUACAUAGUGUAUAUGUGUAUAUGUAUAUCAAUGCCACAGUAUUGGCUGCGAUUGUACACUUAUCCCACUGUUUUAUCACCGAGCGGGUUUGAGUAUUUAGAGACCACAAACAGAACAUGUAUCCUCCUAUUGUCAUUGUUUUAUAAUCCUCAGAUAACAUGUGUUUACAGUAUUCCCGGAGCACAUUUAAAAUUAAGAAAAUAUCUCUCCUGCAGGGGAAAUGCUGAUAUAUUAUGAGAUGGCCUGCAUUUUUAGUCUUUAGCGGAAAAACUGGUUUUCCAAGCUUCUUCACCUGUGUGUAGCUUCAAGGUGCAGACACCUGCUUUCCUCAGUGUCACACAAAGCCAGCAGAGGGCGCUAUAUCAUUGCUAGUGACACAAUGCCACCCACUCCGUUCUUCCUCACAUGUACAGUAUAUAUUCUUGUGUUUUUCUUCCAAAAACAAAGUGGAUUCUUUAAUAUCACUUUUCUUGUUUUCAGAACUGUUGUUGUUUUUCAAAGUUUGAAUACAUUUUUCUUACUGCCACUUCUGGAAUUAUUCACGAACAUCGUUUGCGUGAAUUUCUAGGAAUUUGAAGAGAAUUUCACAUUUGCGGCCUAAAUAACUAAACUGAAGAAAUUCUCCAGCUUUGUUUCCAGCUAAGCUAUUCUGGUCUAAAAUGUGAAUCUUACUUUGAAUUCCAGAUAUUCCACACUCCAGUGACUAAUCCUUUUUAUCUCUCACAGUCAUUUUGUCCUGCUCAGCUACUUUGGCCUUAAAUCUGUAUCUCCUUUGUGAAUUAUUCACUAUUCCCUAUUUACUUCAAAUACAUUUCAUAUUUCUUUUUCUUUUUCCAGGUUGCUGGUCUGCGUUUUCCUCUCUCUCACAGGGAUGCUUUAACCCUAAUCUGGGAGUCCAAUCCUGUGUGCGUUAAAGACCUGCCUCUGGAAAAUGACAGCGACAAAGUAAAUCUGGCCGUAUCUCUUUGGGCUGAAGGUUUACUAAUGGUCUUUCUACCUGAGGCCUAGACCCCCUUUCACCCACUAGUCUUGCCUUAGCAGCUGUUUUAAAUAAACAGAAAAAAAAUAACCAAAGCAAACGCUCAUUGUGAAGUCUUUUUUAGUGUCUCAAGAGGUGCUCUCAAUUUCUUAGUCUGUAGUUAUAUCAAUGAUAUAUUUUUAAAACCUUAUAUAACUAUAUUUUUUUCUAAUAUACCAUAAUAUGAUUGAGAUUAUUAUACUCCUUUUUGGAGAUCUAUUUUAAUCCAUAUCGACC